CCACUGCCCCCCCUCCUCCGCCCCCCAUCCCCUUUUCCACCCCUCCCCGCGCCCCUCCCUCCCCCAGACUCUGCCAAGGAGCGAUCGCAGCUCCCAGCCCCUCUGUGUCCUCCCCCCCACACACUCCCAUCCUCCCCCUCCAGCCGCCACCCGGAUCCUGCCUUGACUCUCUCCCACCCGGAGAGCGGCGGGAAGCCGGAGAAGGAGCCGGAGCCCGCUGCCGGCCGUGCCCGGUUGGAGAGAGACGGGGGACCGCGCAGCCCCGGCCGUCGCCUCGGUACCAUUCCGGGGGCCGCCGCUAGGCGGGGGGAGCCCGGGCCCGGCUACCCGAGAAUGACUCUGGGCAGGAGCAGGAGCAGCAGCUGCGGGAUCAUGUCCGAGAACUCCCCGGAGGAGGAGCCGCUCUCCGAGGUGGAGGACGCGGAUAUCGAUGUGGUGGGCCCCCCCCAGGACGGGGGCAAAUUCAGCGAGGAGGAGGAGGAAGAGGAGGAAGAAGAAGACGACAGCGACCCUCUGGGGCUGCCCAGGAGCGGGGCCAGCAGCCAGGCGCGCCUGGGGGGCUCCCCGGAGAGGCGGGCCCCCUCGGAGCCGGCGUGCGCCCGGGGCGCAGCGCCCGGGGAGAAGCCGCCGGCGGCCGGGAAGAACCCGCUGGUGAAGCCGCCGUACUCCUACAUCGCGCUCAUCACCAUGGCCAUCCUGCAGAGCCCCAAGAAACGCCUGACGCUCAGCGAGAUCUGCGAGUUCAUCAGCGGCCGCUUCCCCUACUACCGGGAGAAGUUCCCGGCCUGGCAGAACAGCAUCCGCCACAACCUCUCGCUCAACGACUGCUUCGUCAAGAUCCCCCGCGAGCCGGGCAACCCGGGCAAGGGCAACUACUGGACCCUGGACCCGGAGUCCGCCGACAUGUUCGACAACGGCAGUUUCCUCCGCCGCAGGAAGCGCUUCAAGCGGCAGCAGCCGCCGCUGCACCCCCAGCACCCCGAGCUCCUGCUGCGAGCCGGGGGGGACCCCGGCCCCUUCCUGCCCGGCUUCCCUUACGGACCCUACGGCUACAACUACGGCCUCCAGCUGCAGAACUACCACCACCCGCAUCCGCCCCAUCCCGCGGCGGGGGGCACCUUUCCCUUCCAGCCCCCGCACUGCCCAGCCCUGCCCGGACCUCCGCCCCCGGCCGCCUCGGUCUUCUCCGGCGCCCCCAGCCUCCCCUCCUUCCUGGGCGGCGAACUGAGCUGCAGGAAACCUUUCUACCACCCGCAGCUGAGCCCCACCGCCCUGCCCGCCGCCGCCGCCCUCCUGCAGACCCUCAAGGCAGACAACAGCCACGGCGGCGGCAGCAGCACCCCCCGGAGGCCUUCCUUUUCCAUAGACAACAUUAUCGGGGGCGCUGCCCCGCCGCCCCACAGCAGCUCCCCCACCUCCUCCCCUUACGCCUCUGGCCAAGUUGGGAGCCAGGCUCAAGUCCUGACCAUGCUGACUCCCGCUUUGGCACCGGUACAGAACCACUUAAACUUGGCCCACGAGUCUCUCCUGCAGCCCGGACAGAACUUUUCCAGCAAAAUCACAAAUCUGAGUAGCUGUCCCUUUUAAAAGAGAUCAAACAAACAAAAAAAGCCCCCUUCAAACAAAAAAACAAUACCCCCCCCAAAAAAAAUUCUCCUCCUGUUGUGUUUUAAGGUAGGAAUUCUUUCUUUUUUUUGUUUUUUUUUGUUUUUGUUUUUGUCUUUUUCGCAUCCAGAUCUCUGUAUCUCUUCCCUUUGCUCGAAAAAGAAUUCUAAACUACCCCCCCAGACUCCAAAAGUGUAUUUAUAAAGUGUCCAUAAUGUACGAUGGGAAACUCAGCUGGGUAAAAUGUAACAUUUUAUAGGUGUUAAUUUUCUUUUUAAUGAUCUCGGGUCUUCGAAACAUUUUCUUUGCGAGUUGCAAACAUCCUGGCGAGAGAGCUGGUUUUGAAACUUACAAGGAGAGUUUUAAAUGUCUGGGUAUUUUUUAAAAGGUUUUGCUCGUUCCUUCAAAGCUCUGAUUUGAAGGGUUUCCUCCAACGUAUGCGUAUUUUUCUCCUCCCGAGGAAAAUGUUUAAUGAUCCGAUUUUUUUUUAAAUCUUGGUUUGAUUGAUUUUACUUAUAAAGCACCAUCCCGUAUAAAAAAAAUCAGUGAAACUCCGGAUGCUUUUAAUGAGACGUAUUCAAAUACACAUUUUAAAAAAUCGGAGAUAUCAGGAAGUUUUAUAAUUUUCAUUUUUUAACCCAGUUUUUCCACCCCUUAAAUGUGUAGGUGGGUUUUUUUUUAAUGUAUUUGUAAUUAUUUGUAUAUAGGUUAUUCGGGAGAUAAUGUGCAGAUUCCACCUCUCUCUCUUCACUGGUUGUGCAGCCGUCCUAUCUAUUUUAUUGAGAGAAUCUGUGAAUACUUUGUGGAAAAGGCAACGCAGUUUUGCCCACCCUGGUGUAAAUUAAUAAAUGUUUGUGACCUGUUUAAAACAAAACCCCAAACGAUCGUUCGUUCUUAUGUAUUUUCUUCAUGGAAGAACUGAUCACCCCCCGCUCCAACUCUGGGCCUCAGAACCGAGUGCUAUAGUCACCCGAUUGACGCCAGUUAGAAAAUGGGUAACUUUUAAAAAUAAAUCCACUUAGAUCUCCGUAGAGUGGGGCUUUUCAUUACUAAACUAAACUGAAGCACCAAACUCGGCCUAAAUCGGCACCGAACUCUUCAAUAGACAUUGAGUAAAGUGGAAUAGAAGGACAGACUAUCAACAGUGUAUUGAUUUGUUUUUAUUUCCCAGGAUAAAUAUUUUAGUUCCUCUUCUUACCAGGUCAGAAUAUAAAAGUUUAAAUUUGGCUUUUUGCUCUUUUGUAAAUAUGCCCCCUUUUAAAAAAAAACCCUCAUAAUUCAAGGUUUAUAUCAUCUCCUUUCGAUUAUUAGACUUUUAGUUUUGGUUCUACAGUGGGCAACCAAUUCAACUCCUGUUUUUGGCAAAGACUUGCUGUUGUCAGGCUGUUCCUAAGGAAGGACGGGGAGAGAAUACGCGUGUGUGUGUGGGGGGGGUGUUUUCUCCCCCUUUUUUAUUUUGUUUGGAAACGUUGGCACAUGGGAAAAUAACUGGAAGGGUUUUGUUUUUCCUUGGGCCCGAGGAGUUCGGAUGACCAAUGAAA